AUGUUAGCUUUCCUUCUGGGAACGUUAUUUGGUGCUGGUGUCGUCUUAUUUAUCAUCUUCGUUCUAAUCGUCGAUCCAUGGGGACCGAAAUCACCGCCUCCUCCAUUUAUCGACCAGUAUCGACCUAUAGAAAUCCCAAAAGUGAGUUAGCU